AUGCAAACUCGAAUUUCGGUGACGACUUUUUCUCUGAAACAAUCUCAGAUGCCUUUCCGAGGAUUUUCGAUGGUAUCUGAUGAAGGAUAUUUUGGAAGCUUGUCGGUCCCACUGUUUGGAGUUUUGACAUGUGCUAGCAUCUAUUUCUUGAGACGUCACUUGAAAGGCGCACAAUUCACCGAACAUGUCGGGGCGAAAGGAAAGAUAGCAUUAGUUACUGGGGCGAGUGCGGGUAUAGGAAAGCAAACAGCUUUAGAGCUUAAUCUCCGAGGUGCUACCGUUUAUAUGUUAUGCAGAGAUCGUACAAAAUCGCAAAAUGCAAGAAUUGAACUGACAAAAUUGGGUUGCGAUCCAACGAAGUUAGUACUGAAAGAUGUAGAUUUGGCCAGCUUUGCAACGAUUCGAAAAUUUGCUGAUGAAAUCAAAUACGGACACUUUUUACUUACUGAACUGUUACUCCCGCUGAUUAAGAAAUCAGCAAAUGGGCGAAUUAUUAACGUUUCCAGUUCACUUCACAAGACGGCUGAUAAUGUGGAUACUUCCAUAGUUAAUAAUAAAAAACAUUUCAAUAUAUCGAUGCCUUAUAGUAGAUCGAAAUUAGCCCAGGUUAUGCAUGCCCGUGAAUUAACCAGACGACUGAGGACAAAAGAUCCAGGAACUACGGUGACAAUCAAUGCUGUACAUCCCGGUGUUUGUUUCACUGAACUUAUGCGCUACACGAUUUUCAGCCAAAAGUAUAUCAAAUACAUCAUCUCUCCACUUCUAUGGUUCUUCAUGAAAACCGAUAAAGAUGGUGCACAAACAACUUUGUAUGUGGCGUUGAGCAAAAAUGUGGAGGCUAUUUCGGGCAGAUAUUUUGGAGAGUGUAAAGAACAUACUCCUUCAUUAUAUUCAUUGGACGAUGCUAAAUGUAAUAUACUUUACAAUCAGAGUUUGGAAGCGGUGAAGUUAUUGGAAUGA